CAAAUUCUAUCAGGCGUCUACAUCAGAACUCUAUGGGAAAGUCCUGGAAACACCACAGACGGAGAAAACUCCAUUCUACCCAAGAUCUCCAUACGUAAGACGUGCCACACCAUGGCGAGAAACUUGGCGGAAGGAGUUCUCGUAAGCGUCCUCCUCCUGGCCACACUCAACCUGUGCCACAGUGAGACAACGAAGGAAGACAAGCCCCGAUGGUCACGACAGAUCCAAAAUCCUGGCUUUACGUCACCAUCGCAACCGAGUGCAACGGGCGAUUGGGUGCCCAUUGCACAGAACUGUCCAACGUGCCAACCAGGUCAGGAGGAAGCCAAAGAGAGAGCUGGACGUGUGCUGAAUUUCCCGCCACAGCAGCCUGAGCAGCAACUUCAGCAGCAGCCGCAACUUCAGCCAUCUGCCAUCCCAUCGGCUCCAUCAGCACCAUCGGGACCGGCACAACCAACAGCUGCGCAAAAUCAAUUCCUAACAGGACCACCAAAUUUCCAUUCCAAUGAUCUGAAUCAUCAGCCACAGCCGCAGAUCCCAUUCCUUCCCACUGAAACCCUCGCUGGGCAGAGAUUUGUGCUGCAACCCCCGCAUAGCUUCCACUUCCACCAUCCACCACCACCCAGACAAGCUUCCUACCCAUACAAUCCAUUCAACUUCCCUCCUGGGCCUCCCCCACCGCCGCCACCACCACCACCAACGUCCCAACAAAGCAAACCUCUGAUUUCCCACGCCCAGCCGCAGUAUGUUAGUGAGCAAUUGCCACCAGUCCCAAAGCAACGGCAGACGUUCAAUCCAUUCCAGAAUACAGCUCCACAAUCGAAGAUCCCCAAACAUCCACAACACACUUCCCAUCAGCAUCCACAGCAUCAGCAUUCACAGCAUCAACAUUCGCAGCAUCAACAUUCAGGACAUCAGACAGACGAUGAAAUUCAACUGCUGUACGUGCCACUGGAUACAUUCUAUCAGCAGAAGCAGCAAUCACCAACGACAUUCAUCACACAUCAUCGGUACAAUAUCUUGCCACCCCCCGUAAAUCCGGCCCAAAUAAAUAACUUCUACACGCCGCCACCAACGCCGUCAAGCACGAGCACAACCACCAGCACCCCUCCCGCCGCCCAGUCCAAGGCGAAAGGAAAACUAAAACCCCACCAACCACCCCUGGCGAUGUUUAUGCGCCACGAAACGGGCGAAAAGCCAAGCUCCGUGAAUGACGUGCUAAAAACACUAAAACACGCCAAAUCGAUCGAUGUGCUCGAUUCACCGAUGAAGAAUGCCCCAAAAAUCUUCAUUGGCCCCUCCGGGUUGAAGGCCCCGGACAACUACUUCAAAUACGACCUUCCCUAUUUGUCCACAAUUGAACAGAAUCGCUUUGAACGCAAAGUGGAGAACCUACCAUUCUUCGUAGCACCACUGAGCUAUAACACACCGAAUGGCUUCGCAAAGAUACCAUUGCCAGCACCGCACGUUGGUUCAGUUGUAGUUAACAGUCCCGUGACCACACCACAGCCCGAUAUAAGCACACCAUCCACCAAGAAACCCUUCUUCGGCACACCAUUCCCACAGAAAUACGAUCCACAGACUAACAAAUACAUUAACAUGCCUCUAACGGAGAACUAUUCCAGCCAAAAUGCCCCCAUUGCCCAGUCAACGGCUCAAGCACCCACAGCCGUUGGUGCCUACCAGACAGUUGAUCGGCUACCCUCAUUCACAACUCACGCUCCACGGCAGUACUUCACAUCGCCUGAGCAGCCACGUGCACCACAAACAUUCCCCGGCUCCAAUCCAUCGGGGAAUUUCCAAUUCACCUUUGACAACACCGCGCAUCGACCGCGUACGCAGCAAAGCAAGCUGAAGGUGACCUUUCCACAAAAUUCCAAUCCUCACGUUGUCAAUGAGGAAUACUUCAGCCUCGACAAGACAAAGGCUUCGUCUCAAGCAACACAAGACUUUACGGGACCCGUUGAUAUAAGAUACGAGCAGAAGAUUAAUCCACAUGUUACGCCAAACUUCAGCUUUGACUAUCGUGCUCAACCCAACAAAGAGGCAACGUCAACGCAAAAUCCCGAAGAUACCAUCCCAGUUAAAGUUCAACCAUCACAGACAGCAACAAGGCAGGGUCACUAUAUCUUGUCUCCAGCUCCGCAAGACUACCAAAUACCAAAUCGUUCACCAUCCAAGACGAGUUUUGCUGCAACAGGACCUUUUGAAUCUGCCAAAGACACCUACAAUGCCUAUGAUGUCCCUAAGCGACCUUCCUCGUUGACUUUCUACCCAACGGCACCUGCAGCAACGACAACAACACCCCCACCGCCACCACCAACACCCACAACAAUCACCUACUACAAACCAAAGGCUCCUAUUCCAAUUGAUGAGGACUACCAGUCACCACAGCCUCAGAGGAAGCAAGUUCAUAGCUUUAGAUUGGUCCCCACUGUUUUGGGAACAACAGCUGGACCCCAGGUAGAUGAUGAACCAAUAAAUUAUCGUGUUAAACCACUGCAAGAGAGAACAGUUUUCCCGAAAACAACUCAAACUACGCAACAAUCAACCACACGACGUCCUACAGUUGAGGAGUACUUCAUUCCCACCGAGAGGACGGUUUAUCAGCAUGUUUACCCAACGGAUAGUACAAUUCCCCCGUCAAUUGAUGUGGGAGGACGCUUCCAACCUGAUGAUUACUACUACAGCACAACAGAUGAACCACUGACAACAACACAGCAAUCAUCAACAACGCAAAACGUGUAUCAGAAUAGCUAUUCUGAACUUCCGCAGAUUAAUGCAAAUCUCCCAGGUUUAGUGAAUUCCCUUAUGGACAAUGAACAAGUUACCGAGGAACCUUUCACAACAACAACAAGGAGACCUGCUCCUCGUGGACGAAGACCAUCAGCUCCGAGAACAACAACAUCACCACAAACAUCAGCAGCAGAAGUUGCCACAAGACGUCCAGUUCAGAGGGUGCGCACACGACCAACACGUCCACCAAAUACAUCAGCUAACUCCUACCGAACAUCAACAGUUGUACGCAACCCCAAUCGCGUGCGUUUCAAUCAGCAAUCUGCUGAAGAACAAGCGCCACCACCGGUAAGAUCAAAGCCCAAAGUUCAUUCGCACAAAGUCAAGGAGGAGCAGAACUUGGAUUACCAGAGAGAUGUCCUCAAACAGAAUUACCCCGUAAUCAAACCCAUUCACACGUCAACCACUGAAGUUGUGAGGCAGCCACCUGAGCCACAACAGGUUAGAGAUCAACUGCGUGAAACUGCUUCACGAGACAAUCAGUACUAUGACAUAAGGAGUCCAGCUGAAGAGAAUCAAGUGACACCAUCGAGGGAAGAGCCGCAGCAGGAAUACAUUUUACCAGCAAAUCAUGCUCCAGCUCCACUCAAUGAAUUACCAGCUGUGGUUGCAUCUACAACGGCUGAGGCAAUUUUGCAGCAGCAGCAGGAAGAGGAGAGAACUGAACUAUUCCCUGGGCUCAAUGUGAAGGCAAUGCAAGUACCACAGGAGUAUGCUCCCAGUGCAAGAGAUGAAUUUCCAUUACGUGAAGAACCUGAGAGGGUUGUUGUGAUCAAUGGGAAGCCAAAGGAGCAGAAUUAUCCUGUUUAUAGGACUAGUACAGAACCAUCAACAACAUCCACAACACAAGCCCCGACAACGGUUGUUUCGCGACAUGAAUCUCAGCGAAUUAGACGUCCAUCAUUCGUUAAAAGACCUGCUAGGCCCAUUUAUACUACAACUAGUCCUCGGACGCCAACAACGGAAAUCAACGAAGACAGAUAUACGGCGAGGAAUAGGUAUAGAUCUGAAGGAAGGACUGAAACAACAACUCACAGGCCAGUAAAUCCCAAAAUUAGAGCCCGUCUCCGUAGGCCAACAACAACAACAACCACCCAACAGUACGAUGAUGAAUAUCAAACAGAAAUUUCUGCCACAGAAGAGCCAAGAAGUCGCUACAAGACAAACACCAGGGCUCAGUACAAACCAAGGCAGAAGACGCGGUUUGGACUUCAAACCCAGGAAUCUCAGUGGUCAACUAAACUCACGCAGAACUCUUUCCAGCCAAUUGAUUACAAGGAAAAUGGAAAGGCCAUUGACUACGAUCCGGAGAAUGAACCUGAAAUUGUAACAGCAGGAGCUGAACCGGACAAUGAUACUUAUGAAUUCAAAGUCACACCUGGAAGGACGCCAAAUAUGAUUAGUUUUAGUGAAAAUGAAACCAACAUCAGAUCAAGAGACGAUAGGGAAACAACCCUUGCAAGUCUUAUUGAGGAUGUUGUCACAGAGGUGGAUAAUGAUCUCGUAACACGAUCAGAAGGCCUCGAUGAACGAAAUGAAGUUCUCCCUAAACGCCCAGACAGUGGUGACAGUGUAUCGGAGGCAUCAUCGACGACAACAGCACAGGCAGGAGAUCGUCCAACAAAGGGAAAACGUCGUGGUGUAUGGCGGAGGGUACGUGUAAGGCCACUUUCGGAUGCAUUCGAAACAGCAGAAUCCAUCAACAUUGGCCGGCAGGUGUUCAAUGUGCUGCCAAAUGGGAAGAAGGAGCUCGUAGAUGAGCCAAAAGGUGCCUAUGAGAGUCACUCGAAGAAGAAGGACUCAGCUACACCCAUUGAGGAAGCCACCUCACCGGGAGACAUUGAUUUGGGAACAGGAGCUCCAGAAGAGAGUACGGAUUUUGCCACGGAGACUGCAACAGAUGCCGUCACGGAGACGAAGAUUCCCAAAGACUUUGUAAGAGAAACAACACCUCCACUUGACUACACGGACAUGGAUGUGGACACCGAGGAGACGUAUACAGCCAAAGUGGAACCAAUUGAUGUGGAAAGGACAACACAAUCUGGUUCAAUGUUUGAUGAAGUGAGGAAGAAGUUGGUUGAUCUGUUCAUGUUGCCCGAUGAGGAUGUUGAGGAGGGACGUGCUCAGACAACCUUCGAAGCUAGAACGCUGUCCAACAGCGUCGAAAGGACAACAUCCACAACACAGGCACCACCACAGAGUCCCGCCACUGAGUACACACCCUUCCUGCGGGAUCCAGUGAUGGGGAAUCUCGUGAUAGCCACAUCCACGUCAACGGAAAUUAGUCACCAAACAGAAAUUUGCUUCCGCGGACGGUGUGUAAAGUCCGUGAAGACGUAAAAGAAGCAAAAACCAUAGAUUUUAGGUGUAAAUUAAUGAGAAAAAAAUUGGGGUUUACCUAGCAUUUAGGGAGCAGUCUUCUAUAUUUUAUUUUUAAUUUUAUAAAACUCCCCGGAGCCUUUCGGGGGAAGAAAUCUUUUGAGAAACAAAAUAAAACACAAAAAGACACUUUUUUUAUAAAAACACUCUUGUAAGCAUUCUCAAACAGCUACUCCAAUACCUUUAUUUUGUAUAUUUUUUUAAAUUUAACUUGUAGGUAUGAUAAGAAUAAAUUAAUUAUUUUUUAAUUAUGAAAAUUAAUCAU